AUGGAUAAGGAAAGCGGCGAACGGCUACAACGUCUAGAACAGUUGGAGCAACUGGCUCAGGCAUCGUUUGCAUUUCUUGCGUCCGAUGAGGAGCUGUCGACGUUACGAGAGGCUGAACCAAUAGAAGUGGAGCUCAUCGCGGACCAAUCAACAGAUGAGAUAAAGGCAACCAAGCCAUGGGUUCAUUUUGUUGCCGGGGGUGUUGGAGGAAUGGUGGGAGCUGUUUGUACGUGUCCUCUUGAUGUUGUUAAGACUCGACUUCAAUCUGACGUGUAUCAUUCCUUGUAUAAUAAGAGUCCUAAAUCUUCCAACCCCAUAAUUAAAGCAGCUCAACAUUUUGCAGAGACUGGGAGUGUAAUAAAAGAAUUGUAUACUUUGGAAGGACCCAGGGCACUUUUCAAAGGGUUAGGACCCAAUUUGGUAGGGGUUAUACCUGCUAGAUCUAUCAAUUUCUUCACGUAUGGUACUACCAAGGAGCUAGUAUCACGAAACUUUAAUAAUGGACAAGAAGCUACUUGGAUUCAUCUUGUCAGUGGGUUGAAUGCCGGUUUCGUUACUUCUACGGCUACAAACCCCAUCUGGUUAAUCAAGACCAGAUUACAGUUGGAUAAGUCUAAGGGGAAACACUAUAAGAACUCCUGGGAUUGUCUUAAAUAUGUGGUGAGGAAUGAAGGGUUCUUCAGUUUAUAUAAGGGGCUAAGUGCUUCCUAUUUAGGAGGAAUUGAGUCCACUCUUCAAUGGGUUCUUUAUGAAAGAAUGAAACUGUUUAUCAGCAACCGUUCAAGACAUGUGGAUCCAAGUAAGAAGACCACCAAGGAUCAUGUCUUGGAAUGGUCUGCUAGAUCAGGUGCUGCGGGGUUUGCUAAGUUCAUUGCAUCGUUAAUCACUUACCCUCACGAAGUGGUGAGAACAAGAUUAAGACAGGCUCCAUUGGAAGCCACCGGUAAACCCAAAUAUACGGGCCUUAUUCAAGCGUUCAAGUUGGUUGCUAAGGAAGAGGGUUUGGCUAGCAUGUAUGGAGGUUUAACUCCGCAUUUAUUAAGAACAGUACCAAACUCAAUAAUCAUGUUUGGUACAUGGGAAGUGCUUGUUCGGGUAUUAAAUGAUUUAUGA